AUGAGUACCAGCAAGGCUGAGAAGAUGCUGAUGGAGCUGCUCGAGCUGUUCCACCGAUACGCUGGUGAUGCAGACAAGCUGGACCAGCCCAAGCUGGAGAAGGUCAUGAAGGAGAACUUCCCCACCUUCCUCUCGGCCUGUGAGAAAAAGAACCCCGAGUUCCUGAAGGAGCUCUUCAAGAAGGAAGACAAGAACAAGGACGACAAUAUCGGCUUCCCUGAGUUCCUGUCCUGCCUGUCUGCAGUGGCCAUUGACCUCCACAAUCAGUCACAUGGCCAGAAGCCCUGCUCCGAGGCGCAGAGCUGA